AAGAAGUAACAUCUGUGCACUAAUGCUGUUUUUGCAAAUUCCAUUGCUAGCAGUUCUCCUCGGAGGUGGUGACAGUGAAGAUGCCUUCCAGGACCAAAUCCUCAGAACCAUUGGUACUUUUUCCUUACACAACCAAUCCUGGACCCAAACUUGGAUCUCUGGUUGGUUGGGUGAGUUGCAGAUUGCGAGCUGGAAGAGAAACUCUGGUGGUUUCAUUUCCCUGCGGCCUUGGUCCAACGGCAACUUCAGCAACAAGAAGAUAGUAGAAAUAGAAAAUUUAAUCAAAGGGAUCUACAAUGAAUCAAUGCAUGUACUUCACAACCGUGCCAAUGAAUGGAUGCUUGAAUAUCCCAUGGAGUUCCAAGUAAUAGGAGGCUGUGAGCUGCACUCUGGAGAAAUCAAGCUAGACUUCUGGCGAGUUGCUUAUCAAGGAUCAGAGUUUCUGAGCUUCCAGAACAGUUCAUGGGUGCCAUCUCUACAGGGUGGAACAAGAGCUCAGAAGAUAGGCAAACUACUCAACCAGUUCAUUCUCUUCAACAAAAUGAUUCACUGGAGGAUCAGUAACACCUGUCCACGCUUCCUUUUGGGUCUCCUUGAUGCAGGGAAGGCAGAUCUCCAGAGAAAAGUAAAACCAGAGGCCUGGCUGUCCACUGGCCCCAGUCCUGGUCCUCACCAUCUGUUGCUGGUUUGUCAUGUCUCUGGCUUCUACCCAAAGCCAAUUUCCGUUACGUGGAUGCGAGGUGAACAGGCACAACAGGCCUCUCAACAAAGUGAUAUCUUGCCCAAUGCUGAUGAGACAUGGUAUCUUCGGAGUUACCUGGAUGUGGAAGCCACCAAGACAUUUGGCCUGUCUUGCCGGGUGACACACAGCAGUCUAGAAGGCCAGGACAUCAUCCUCUACUUGGACCAUCCGACCUCCAAGGGCUUGAUCGUCUUGGCAGUGAUGGUCCCCCUGGUGCUUCUUCUGACAGGCCUUGCAUUUUGGCUUAAAAAGCGCUGGAAACUCUGCGAACCUUAUCCCACUCUUCUUCCUUUGGAGAGAUCCCAGCAGCCCAGGGACUCAAAAUAUACUUAAAACUCAGCAUGGUGAUUAUGUCCUUUCAACUCUCUUUUGUACAGUUUUUGUUGUUGUUUACCUGUGCUUAUUUAAUAGUCUGUUAUUAAUAUAAACUAAAUGUAAGUUUGUAGAAUUUGCUUGCUGACCUGGUUCUGAGAUUUGAAAAAUCAUAUGUUAACUCUGGAUAAAAUGGGAUCCUAGUAACCUCUACAUAUUGGAAAAUUAAUGAAUCUCAGGCCCAUGUAAGAUGUCACUUCUGGGGGGGGGAGGGCAUUCCCUGAUUCACAAGUGGAAGCAGUGUCUGAACUCCCACCACACUUUGCAGCACCCUUUGCCAAGUUUAUACUUUUUAUCCCUUGUUGCAGCUAUGCAGGUUCCUUUUCCUUCUAAUUUUCAAGUUUCCUGAGAGCAAAGUCUGUAUUUUCUUAAAGUUUGUAUCAUUUAUAAAGUGUAUUAACUGUAUGUGGUACGCUUUCCAUAAAAACCUGCAUUAAGUUUAUGCCAAAUAUAUAGUCUUUUCUUAUUAUCUAUCUUCUCGACAUGUUUGUACUAGUUGAGACAUUCUAUGGUCUUUUUGUUAAAAGUCUUCACACUUUAUUAGUUCAUCAGUGACUUCUCUGAAUCUCUGAGGAGAAACACAAUUUUGCCUCUAACCAUUCUUACAACUGUAGAGACCUAUUUGCAUGAAAUUUUUUUCCAAGCAUUUUAAACAAAAAGAGAAAGGCAGGAUACAGUCCUCACUAUUUACUGUGGUUCAGGGAUAAACAGCAGAGUUACCACCUUGGAGCUGGUAGAAAUCUAUAUCCUUGGACCUCACCUCAGACUUACUGAAUCAUAAUCGCACUUUAGCAAAAUCAGCAAGGGAUUCCUUAGGUACAUUGAAAUCUGAGAAGCACUGAUACAGGUGCAGUCUGAGAGGCAGCAGUGCAAGUGUGUCACAGAAGCAAAAAGAAGAUGCUGAAGAAAAAACAGUGUCGAUAGGAUUGAAGUGAGACCAAAGCAAGGGGUGUACACACUCUACCUUCCUACUGGUUAUGGCUGUUGUGUUGAAGACAAAGCCAACACUAAGGUAAUAAAUGCUGAUCCGCUGCUCCUAGGGAAAAUACAGAGUUCCUGUGAAUCUCUGGUCAGAUCAUUUUUGCCAACUAGUGAAUAUACAGCUCUGUUUUAUAUGUGUUUCUGUUUAAGGAUGCCUUCUGUAAUGUAUACAUAAUUUCAAAAUAUUUAUUAUAUGCAGUAUUUUAAAAAUUACUUUAUUUACCUAUUUUGGGGUGGGGAAAGAGAGGGAGAGAAACAUUGAUGUGAGAGAAACAUCAAUCAGUUGUCUCUUGUAUGAGUACUGACCAGGACCAAACCUGCAACCCAGGUAUGUGCCCUGAUGGGGAACUGAACUGGCGACCAUUAGCUGUGUGGGGUGACGCCCAACCAACAGAACCACACUGGCCAGAGCUAUAUGUAGUAUUUUUUAAAUACUAAAACACCAGCCAAGAGUGUUUAACAUCUUCCUGAACCUGAGUAAUGCAAUUACAAGUAUUUUUGACUUUUAGCCACAUAGCUGUGCUGUCUAUUAUGCUUUUCUAAAAAAAAAAAUUGAAAGGUGAUAAUGUUAGGUAGGAUAGAGAGGAAACCAAGGCAGGGAGGAGGGGGCAGCCAUGUCUCACCCACUGAACCAGUAGUCCUGAGCCCAAAGUCCCCAAACACUUUCUUACCUUUGCUGGGUUUUGUCAACCUACACGUAGGAUAAGUAUAGAGCUUUCCAAUCUCCUAACAUGCAUUCUUGUUGCUUUCCUAAACAAACAAUGUUUCAGCCACAUUGGGCUCAAGUUUAGAGAAGAGUAAUUUCCAUUACUGAAACUCUCUUCAGGAAAGGAUAGACCUUGCCCUGGCUGGUGUGGCUCAGUGGACUGAGCACCAGACUGCAAACCAAAAGGUUGCAGGUUCAGUGCCCAGUCAGGGCACAUGCCUGGUUUGUGGGCCAAUGUUUCUGCCACUCUCUGUAAAAAUAAAUAAACAAAAUCUUUUAAGGAAAAAAAGAAAGGAAUAGACCUUAGUAUCAAAUAACCGAAGGCUAAUAACCAAACUUAAGACAACACAAGCUGAUAUACAAACCUCCUGGAACUUCUCAUUGAUGAAAUGAGAUGGCUGUAUUGUCAGAAUUAGUGGGUAGACCAGAAUGGUGGGUAAGUGAUUGAUGACAAACCACUCCAUUUGUGAAAAUGUGUAAGGUACUGGGUAUCGUGCCCCACCCCAUCUAUGUCCCAUCCCCUGAUUAUUUGAUAGAAAAGUAAUUUGACUCAAGAGUCAAGAUGAAAUAUUUUAACAAGUAAAAUUGUGUUAAAUAGUAAAAGUGUUUAUGUUAGUAUUUGAUGAUUUCCUAAUGUAUUAAUUAGAUUUUAAUCUUGUUCUUAACUUUUUAAUGGCAUGUAAAGAGAUUUUUUAAAAGAAAUUCAGCCAAUGUGACCAGAUGGCUACAGUCAGCUUUGUAAAUAAGAGGUUUAACA